CAGCCGGCAUGGUCAUGACUAGCCGACUGCGCGGCUUGUAUCGCGCCACGCGUUAAACCCAGUUCAAACAAAACAUUCCGUGUUGAAGUGAUACUGAAUUAUUUUGAAUUGUGAGUGAUAAGUGAUGUGGUGAUAAUGUCUUCGGGUGUAUGGGAUCUCAUGCCGGUGCGAUGCCGCUGGAUUGAGACGUUGAGGCACUGUGGGAAGACUCUGCUGCGUCGGCAAAGACGACUCCUCAGAAGAAUCAAGAAGGUGUACCUACACAGUUGGCGCUCCGCAGACGAGCUUAACAUGUUGGUGGGUGCGAAGAUCGGCGGCGCGACACCUCUGGUCAUCGCCUGCAGGAACGGGCAUUACGACGUUGCUGAGUACCUCAUUGAGAGGUGCAAGGCGGAUAUUGAGCAGCCUGGAUCAGUGACAUUUGACGGCGAAACAAUAGAAGGUGCGCCACCGCUAUGGUGCGCCGCGGCCGCAGGUCACUUGCAACUGGUCAGGUUGCUGGUUCGCGCUGGCGCGAAUGUGAACUCUACGACGCGGACGCACAGCACGCCACUCAGGGCAGCGUGCUUUGACGGACACUACGAUAUUGUUAAGUUCCUAGUCGAGAACGGCGCUGACAUAGAAAUAGCCAACCGGCACGGGCACACGUGUUUGAUGAUCGCGUGUUACAAGGGCCAUAUCAGAAUCGCCAAGUAUCUGCUGUCUUUGGACGCUGAUGUCAACAGAAAGAGUGUUAAAGGCAAUACAGCGCUACACGACUGCGCUGAAAGCGGGUCGCUGCAUAUACUGAAGAUGCUGUUAGGGCAUGGCGCUACGAUGGACGUUGAUUCAUAUGGAAUGACACCACUCCUAGCAGCAUCAGUAACGGGUCACACGCACAUAGUCGAGCAUUUAAUAAACGUGGAGUACGGUUUAGUGACGAGGCAGCAACGUAUUGAUGCGUUGGAACUCCUCGGAGCGACGUACGUCGACAAGAGAAGAGACAUGGUCGGGGCUUUAGCACUAUGGAAACGAGCGAUGGAUGACAGAUUUCCCGCCGACGGCACGGAACCCAUUCCAAAGCCGAAAGACGUGCCGCGCAUAGAAGCAUACGACUUCGCGGUCGAGCCGAGUAACGCGCAACAACUGGAGGAAAUACUCGCCGACCCUGAUGCCAUGAGGAUGCAAGCUCUCGUCAUUAGAGAAAGGAUUCUAGGCCCAGCGCACCCCGACACGUCUUACUACGUUCGAUACAGAGGAGCUGUAUACGCGGACGCCGGUCGCUUCGCGCGGUGCCGGCAGCUAUGGCACCACGCGUUGGACAUGCAGAGAGCUGUACUACCACCGCUGUCGCCGCUGACACAGUCGAGCUUGUUCAGCUUCGCAGAGCUGUUCUCUUAUAUGCUGGCUGAGAGAGCACGCCCCCCACUAAGAGGUCGCAUAGUCCCUCCGGUGACGUUCGACGACGUAGACCCGGUGUUCAGGAAGGCGCUGUCAGAGAUCCACCGCGGCAUGGAGCUGUUAGACUCGAAGCUCAGCAUCGACAGGGAACAGACGCUGACCACGCUGCAAAGGGUACUAGUGAUAUCUCUGCACCUGGCCACGCUAAUGGCGCGGCUAUUGGAAGACCCGGAGUGCACGGAAGAAGUAUCCAGCAAUAUUCACAAGGCAGUGUACUCACUCGUUAAGUUAGAUAUUAAGGUCCGGCAAGGUCGCUCAGCAUUACACGUAGCGUGCUCAGCCGAAGGACGGGGAGCUCGCGGCGGCGGUGCUUGGCUGCCCGCACCCGGCGACGCCAGUCCUUGCUGCGCGGCGCUUGUGGCUCUCAUGCUGCGUCUCGGAGCCUCGCCGCGCGCUCGGGACGCCUCUGGGAACACGCCGCUGCACCUCGUCUGCAAGGUAAGGCUAGAGACUACUUUCAUUGCUUCGUCUGUGAGGUAUCAGGCGCCUGUGACGUCACAGCUAGCUCUCAGUCUACGCCCGCGCCCGGUACCUCGUCUGCUAAGUAACACGUGCCUGCCACGUGACGUCACAGCUUCGCCCGGCGACGCCAGUCCUUGCUGCGCGGCGCUUGUGGCUCUCAUGCUGCGUCUCGGAGCCUCGCCGCGCGCUCGGGACGCCUCUGGGAACACGCCGCUGCACUUAGUCUGCAAGCCCCGUGACGUCACAGCUAGCUCAGCCUGCGCCGGCGACGCCAGUCCUUGCUGCGCGGCGCUCGUAGCUCUCAUGCUGCGUCUCGGAGCCUCGCCGCGCGCUCGGGACGCCUCUGGGAACACGCCGCUGCACCUCGUCUGCAAGUCUGCUCCCAAGCCCGCGCCAGGAGACGCCAGUCCUUGCUGCGCGGCGCUCGUAGCUCUCAUGCUGCGUCUCGGAGCCUCGCCGCGCGCUCGGGACGCCUCUGGGAACACACCGCUGCACUUAGUCUGCAAGUCCUUGCUGCGCGGCGCUUGUGGCUCUCAUGCUGCGUCUCGGAGCCUCGCCGCGCGCUCGGGACGCCUCUGGGAACACGCCGCUGCACUUAGUCUGCAAGGUAAGGCUGGGGACUACUUUCAUUGCUUCGUCUGUGAGGUAUCAGGCGCCUGUGACGUCACAGCUAGCUCGGCCUGCGCCGGCGACGCUAGUCCUUGCUGCGCGGCGCUUGUGGCUCUCAUGCUGCGUCUCGGAGCCUCGCCGCGCGCUCGGGACGCCUCUGGGAACACGCCGCUGCACUUAGUCUGCAAGGUAACAUGCGCCCGCCACGUUACGUCACUGGCACCCGUGACGUCACAACUACUUCUCAGCCCGCGCCCGGUGCCUCAUCCGCUAAGAACACGUGAAUGCCAUGUGACGUCACAGCUGGCUCCCUCAGCCCCCAAGCCAGGAGAUGCUAGUCCCUGCUGCGCGGCGCUUGUCGCUCUCAUGCUGCGUCUCGGAGCCUCGCCGCGCGCUCGGGAUGCCUCUGGGAACACACCACUGCACCUCGUCUGCAAGGUAACAUGCAACCGUGACGUCACAGCUAGCUCUGUCUGCGCCCAAUACCUCGUCUGCUAA